AUGGCUCUCGUUCUCUCUCUUUGCUUGGUCUUCCUUUUCUCUCUUUGCCAUGGUUCUCAUAGCUUACCUGCACAACGGACUCCUCAUCUUGACGCGCUUCUCGCAAAUGGCGACUUCGAGCAAGCCCCUCUCAAAUCAAACAUGAGAAAUAGGCAAAUCAUUGGCAAGUACUCUCUUCCUCAUUGGGAAAUCUCCGGCCACGUGGAGUUAGUCUCCGGCGGUCCACAGCCCGGAGGCUUCUACUUCCCUGUCCCGCGUGGAGUCCAUGCGGCUAGGCUAGGAAACUUAGCCUCGAUAUCUCAAUACGUGAGAGUGAAACGUGGUUUGAUCUAUUCUCUAACGUUUGGGGUCACGAAGACUUGUGCUCAGGACGAGAACAUACGAAUCUCCGUGCCCGGUCAGACCAAUGAGCUCUCUAUCCAGACGUUGUUCAGUACCAGCGGUGGAGAUACGUAUGCUUGGGCUUUCAAUGCAACUUCUGACUUGGUUAAGGUCACGUUUCAUAAUCCUGGUGUUCAAGAGGACCCUACUUGUGGGCCCCUAGUUGAUGCCGUUGCCAUCAAGGAGAUUCUUCCACUCCGGUAUAACAAAGGAAACCUUGUAAAAAAUGGCGGAUUUGAGAUCGGACCACACGUAUUCAACAAUUACUCUACCGGAAUCCUAAUACCGGCGAAGAUACAAGAUCUGAUCUCACCGCUUCCGGGUUGGAUCGUCGAAUCUCUGAAACCGGUCAAAUACAUCGAUAAUCGUCAUUUCAAAGUCCCAUCAGGUCUUGCCGCGAUCGAGAUCGUAGCCGGAAGAGAAAGCGCCAUUGCUCAGAUUAUUCGUACUGUCGCCGGUAGAAACUACAUCCUCUCGUUUGCGGUUGGGGACGCACACAAUGGUUGCCAUGGAUCGAUGAUGGUGGAGGCGUUUGCGGGAAAAACGGCGUUUAAGCUUCGGUUUGAAUCAGAAGGAAAAGGAGUGUUCAAAACGGGGCGUUUUAGGUUUGUGGCCGAUUCGAAUCGAACCAGGAUUACUUUCUACAGCGGGUUUUAUCAUACCAAGCUUCAUGAUUUUGGACACCUUUGUGGCCCUGUUCUUGACAAUGUUAGUGUUGUUCUGACCCAUUAA